CACUCCCUUUUCACUAGUUAUCUUAAGAACAGUGAAUCUUUUGGAUAAUUCAUUAGAAACUCGUAACCAAGAACAACAUUGCACAUAGACUAAAUGAUCUAAAAUUAUAGACACCGCCUACACGGGCGAUUAUUCGAAGCGGUCACAUUUUCCCUUUACACCACUGUUUAUCUCCCAGGGCACUUGCUCUCAUUAUUAUACCUUUCAUUACAAAUACCUUUCUUUACCUGCCUGGAGCUUCUUAGAUUCAAAAUGUUUUACUUUCUGCCGAAUAUUCUCUCUUAUUGCAAUUUAAAAAAUGAUUUCAAUUCAACGAAAGAAACGAAUCAUCACAUGCGUAUUUAUAUAUGAAAAUGUAAUCUUCAGAUCCAGUGAUACUGAGGUAAAUAGCAGUACUUACCAAGAAUACCAUCAAAAGCUGGAAUCAAAAUGAAAUUUACUUGUGAAAAAAAUUCUGUGAUUGUCCAUUCCUUACUUUGUGUCUUUGGAAUUGGCUCUUGGAUUGCCAUUAAUGGUAUCUGGGUUGAGUUACCAAUUCUUGUACAGAAUUUACCUGAGAAAUGGGAUCUUCCUUCAUAUCUGUCUGUUGUCAUCCAACUUGCAAAUAUUGGUCCAAUAACUUACACCCUUAUCAGUGUGUUUCUGCCAAAUAUUCUUAAUGAAAAGAAAGUCAUAUUGACUCUUCUUAUUAUUGGCUCUUCAGCGUGUAUGCUGUUAUCAUUCUUUUGGGAUAAGGUUACAAUCAUUGCUGGAAGACAACACAGCUCUGCUUUGCUUUUACUAGAAUUUUUUCUUGCUCUGGUUGACUGUACUUCAUCAGUUGCUUUUUUCCCAUUUGUUGCCAACUUUCAAGAAAAAUAUUUGAUUAGUUAUUUCAUUGGGGAAGGCUUAAGUGGCCUUUUACCCAGCUUUGUUGCUUUGGGGCAGGGUGCUAAAAAUAUAGAAUGUAGGAACAUUUCCACAACUGAUGUUGACAACAUUACAACAUACAAAUUAUAUCCUCAAUUGAUGCCACCUCACUUUCCUGUUAGGGAUUUCUUUCUCUUUCUCUUCACCAUGAUGCUACUGUCUGGAAUCUCGUUCACAUUACUAAAUACUCUUUCAAUUUGUAAGAAUGAAAUGGUAAUUAACGAGAAAACCUUCGUACGCAAAGACUCUAAAAUGACUCCAUCUCAAAGUCAACAGACCACGACUGUAGAGCUGAAUGACAGGGAUGCUUUUGUUUCACCUUGUGACUGCAGUGAAAUUGGUGCUUCUGGGGAAUCAGUGGAUCAUCUUUAUAGAGGUACCAACGACAGAAGUGAAAAUUCUGAUGAUGGAAAUAAUGACUUAGUUUGUAGUCGCACCAAGCAUAUUUCUCUCUCACUCUUCAUCUAUCUUAUAUUUCUAACAACAUUACUGAAUGCCCUCUCAAAUGGUGUUCUUCCUGCCAUACAGUCAUAUGCUUGUCUGCCCUAUGGUAACUAUCCUUAUUUUUUGUCUGUGUUGCUGAACAUCAUGGCAAAUCCAAUUACUUGUUUUGUGGCAUAUUUCUUACCCAGCACCAACGUAAUUGCUUUUUCCAUUACGACCUUAUUGGGUUUGAUCUUUGCCUCAUAUGAACUAACUUUGGCUGUUUUAAGUCCAAACCCAUUUUUUAAGAAUGAAAGUUCUGGACCUGUUAUAUUGGUUGUAUCAUGGAGCCUUGUUGCAAUAUUUAUAACCUACUCAAAACUAUCCAUUGCAACAAUCUUUCGCAGACAAGGCAGGAAAGGUAUGUAUUGGUAUGGUGCUGUAUCUCAAGCAGGUUCAGCUGUAGGUUCUAUAAUAAUGUUUAUUUUAGUGAAUGUUUUACAUCUGUUUACCUCUGCUGAUGCAUGUGCUAACUAGUUCAAUGUUUUUUUUUUUUUUGUGAAAAUAGUUGGGCUCCAUUCACACUCUUAUCAAAUUUAUAAAUAUAUAUUGAACUAUUUUUCCAAUAAUCAGCUGAAAUUGUUAAUAGUAUUUUUUUUUAAUUUGGCAAAAAUGUUUCUGAAUCAGCCUUCUAAAUAUAAAAUAUAAAGAUGAAAAAGAAUUCAGGACUGUGCACCAAUUUUAUAAAAAAUGGAAUCACAGACAUGAAGCUAAUGAUUAUAAUAUUUUUACCAAUUGCAACUGGUAUUUUUUGAGUAUUUUCCCAUCAAUUCAUAUCAUAUUUAUUUUUUUUCAUUUUUUGAAAAUAAUUCUUCAUUGUUUCGGAAUACAUUUUUAAAGCCCAGAACAGCAAUGAACAUGUCUUAUAUUGAAGAACAGCUUUCCUAUAGUAUCAUACAGACAUAAAUUACUAUUUUAUUGUGCAACAACCCAUAAUAGAAUAUUCUUUACAUCUGCGAUUGAGACAUACUUCAUUUCAUUUCUCGUCCAUAGAGACAAUAACAUAAUUGAGACUGACCAAAUUGUAGCUGAGGUUGAGAAUGAUAAAUUUGAGUGGGGAAAACUAUACAUUCAUUGGAAGGUAUUAGAGAUUAUGCAUUCGUUGGUGGUCGUUCAAGGUGGGUGGGUGGGGGGAGGCUGUUGUGUCCAGUGUUGAUUAUUUAGUUUUAUUAUGGUUUUAGUCUAGAAAAGUGGUUCUCAACUAGGCUCCAUGUAAAUUUUAUUUCAAUUUAUCUUCAAUAAAUUGGUUUUACUUAAAAAAAUAUUUCAAUGAUUUUUUUUAUACAUUUCCUUAUAAUAAUUCUAAAAAUAUAAUAGGAUUUUUUAAAGGAUCGAAUGGCUUUGAGGGUCCACCUAACUAAAAUAGGAAUCAAAGGGGUCCAUGGUAAAAAAAAUGGAUGAGACCCACUGGUCUAGAAGGUGGGGUCUUACCCUUGACUUUCACCAGUCAAAUUCAUGUUUAGCUUCAACGAUUGCAAAGGAGGGGAGGGUGUGGCUGAUGACAUUAUGGGGAGAUAGGACUAAGACAUGGUUGCAGUUGAAUACUGACGAUAUGAAUUGAAUUGCUGUAGUAAGAAGACUAGAAGGAGGAGAGUGAGGAGAGUGUAUGCCUGUGACACAGCAGUUGGAGUUUGUUAUCAAUCAGGCAUGUGAUAUAGAAGCCAUGUCAUCUCAAAUAUGGAAAGUGUAUUCUAUUGUAGCUUCUGCUUGAGCUUUGUAGAGAAUCAGCAGCUGUUUUAGGGCUGAAAUAUUUUGUGGUUCCAAUAGAGAGGAAGGUUAUUUUUUGGGGGCUAUGGGUUUUGCUAUGAAUAUGAGAUCAAUAAUUGCAAGAUCUAAGUUUGAUGUAUAGAUGACCUUUGUAUAUUACGGAUUAAGGGAGAAGUGAAGAGUUGUAUCCUCUACACGAACCAAAUAGGUUACAGGUGGAAAGGAGAAAGAAUAUGGUUGAUAUAACAGAACCUUGGAAUAUAUCACAGUUGAUGGUGUGUGGAUGAGAGAGAGAGUUCUGCUUACAAAGAAAACUGCCAUUUCCUCAAAUAAAAGAAACAAAUAUUUAACUUAAAAUGUCCCAAUCCUCUUUAAAAGCAGAUUUAAUGAAAAAAAAUCUUUUGCUCAUAUAAUUUUAGUUCACUAUAUUUUAAAUAUAUUAACAAAGUGGACAACAAACUCUACAAAUGGACAUUGUAUCAUAAAUCUUCAGUUAUUGGUUAAAUUGUAGAAUCUUUUUUUUUUUUCAAACAAGAUGAUAUUUUUAGGUUUGUUGUUAAAUUUGUUCUCAUUUUGUUUCAUUUGAUCAUUUUUAUUGCUGUUAUAUAUUUUAGGGUUGAAUGUUUUAAAAAAAUUGGGUUAGUUUUCGGAAAAACUACAAGAUCUGAUGAAUGAAUGACUUGAAAUUAUUUUUGUAAUUAAUUUUAUCAAUUUUGUUAAAUUUUUUUUUUUCAUUUGUGAGUCAAAUAAAUAAAUAUGGAAAAUUAAAA